AUGAUGGACGUGUUUCUGAUGAUCAGACGGAAGAAGAUGACGGUCUUCUUGGACGCCAAAGAGACCACUUCUGUGAUCGACUUGAAAAGAAUGAUCGCCGGAAUUACGAAAACACUUCCAGAGAAUCAAAGACUGUUCAAAGACGAGGAGGUGAUGGACGACAGGAAGUCGUUGACCGACUAUAAUCUGAACCCAACGACAGCCAAAGCA